AUGCCUUACCGAAAGAUCAAAGUACAUGACGUCUAUCGCACGCUACACCUGCCCGGUGGACAGCGGGUCAUCUGCUAUUCAUCGGAUGGGGCAUUUCGAGUCUGGGACUUGGAGACAGGCACGCAGGUUGAGGAAUGGGAAGACAAAGAUCAAGUAGAGGAUGGCAUGGUAUCGUCGCCGAGCGGUGAGAUGUUAGCAACUGGAGAUUUGAAUGGCGCAGUGAAAUUGUGGAACGUCGACACAGGCAAGAUCAUCAAAACAUUGACGGGGCACACAGGUCAAUUGCGUUCUAUGUCCUGGAGUUCAGAUGGAGGCCGGGUGGUGUGUGGAUCCUGGGAUUGCAUAUUCAGAGUAUGGGAUGUCAAGAGCGGAGAAACUAUCCUGGGACCAAUCAACGCAGGGUUAUAUAUCUGGGCGGUUUGUUACUCACCCGAUGGCAAGACGAUUGCCACAACGUUAACGGGAGGCAAACUGAAAAUCUGGGAUGCCAACUCGGGCGAACUGCUCAAAACACUGGAUGCGGAUCCAGAAUCACUAAAUUCGACACAGCCACCUGGUCAGACGUCCACACAAUUGUCCACUAUUUCACUAUCUCCCAAUGAGCGCAUUCUCGCAGGUACACCACAGGUACUGGGCAAUACAGCAUAUUUAUGGAACCUCGAAACCGAUCAACUUAUCAAAACACUACAUCACCUUACAACAUUCACGUACUUUAUUCGGCCUACCUUUUCUGCAGAUGGAAAGUUCCUUGUCACUAGCUGCAGAGACGGCUACCUAUACAGAUGGGAUCUUUCCGCUAUCGUCAAAGAGGCUGGCCUUCCAUUAGAAAUUCUCCCUAAGCUUGAUGCUACACCGCGACCAGCUCCAAAGUCAAAAGGUGCUCCUCGAAUACCCCCAGGGUUCUUUGACGAUGACCUACGAAAGGCUAAUGAGCGCAUUCGUCUAUCCCAAUCCCAUGGACCAUAUCAUCACCCCACUCCAGCACCACGUCGACGCACCCUUGAUCGCGUUUACUCACUCUGGCGGCGCUCAAAGUCACAGAGCGAAGCUGACCACCGUACUCGACCUCAGUCCCACCCUCUUAGCUGGACUCGUAACCUUGGUAUACUACGCAGACGAGAUGCGUCAGACAUUGAGUUGCAAGAGGUCGAGGUCCCUUACACAGCGGGCAAGCCUAGGAACUACCACGCAAGAAAGAAGAAGAAGCCAGUUACCGACUCAUCUCGACAUUCUAAUAUUCAUACCACGCAGCAACCGAAUGGAGCAGCACAAAGCACAUCAACGUCAUCACAGUUACCACCCCCAACUGCUACUGCCGGGGUAAUGGGAACACCCUCGCGUCCUCAUAUCACGCGUGCUGGAUGGUGCACUCGCUUCGUGGCCUGGAUUUGCUGCGCAUCUAUUCAGAACGCAGACGGUCACCAUUAG